AUGGGUCGCGCCGUGGCGCUGGUGGUAGGCGCGCUGGUGCUGGCAGCGGCGCUGGCGCGCGCGGCUUGCCCGGCACGCACGUCUGACUGCGCGUGCAGCGAUGCCGGCGCGCGCGUCUCCUGCCGCGGCCUAGGACUUCGCCGCCUGCCGCCGCUGCACGAAAACCUGCUCUCUUUUACAUUAGAUAACUUGAUGUGCAAGAUUAAUGAGCCCUUACUAUCUGAGAGCGAAUCUGUAUUGCUUUCCAUCCAGGCAUAUGUACCUUCACUAACAUGUUCACAAGCCCCGUGA